AGAUCGCAAGCAAUGGAGGAGCAAAGCCAAAUCCUCAUACCAAGAGUGAAGUUGGGAUCUCAGGGAUUAGAGGUAUCUAAAUUAGGGUUUGGGUGUAUGGGUCUCACUGGAAGGUAUAAUUCUCCUGUGUGUGAAGAAGAGGGGAUUUCCAUCAUCAAGGAAGCUUUUGAAAAAGGCAUAACCUUUUUUGACACCUCCGAUGUUUAUGGACCUCAUACUAAUGAAAUCCUGCUUGGCAAGGCACUGAAGCAGCUUCCGAGGGAAAAGAUUCAAUUGGCGACUAAAUUUGGCAAUGUGGGGUUUGAUGAAGGAGGAAACCCUAUCGUAAAUGGUAAGGCAGAGUAUGUGAGGGCUUGCUUGGAAGGAAGCCUCAAGCGGCUUGGAUUGGAUUACAUCGAUUUGUAUUAUCAGCACCGGGUUGAUCAAACUGUGCCCAUUGAAGAAACAGUUGGAGAACUUAAGAAGUUGGUUGAGGAGGGUAAGGUAAAGUAUGUUGGGCUAUCAGAAGCAAGCGCUGAUACAAUCAGGCGAGCUCAUGCUGUUCACCCAAUUAGUGCAUUGCAAAUAGAGUGGUCUCUUUGGACUAGAGAUAUCGAGGAAGAGAUAAUCCCACUUUGCAGAGAGCUUGGGAUUGGAGUAGUUCCAUAUAGUCCUAUUGGCCGUGGCUUUUUUGCUGGUAAAGCAGUUCUUGAAAGUGUGCCUGCAAAUAGUGCACUGGCUUCACACCCAAGAUUCAGUGAAGAAAAUCUAGAGAAAAAUAAGAUGCUAUACUUCAGGUUAGAGAAAUUGGCUACAAAACACCAAUGCACAACAGCUCAGUUAGCUUUGGCUUGGGUACUUCAUCAAGGAAACGAUGUUGUUCCUAUUCCAGGGACAACAAAGAGCAAGAAUCUGAGCAGCAACAUUGGCUCUUUAAAUGUGAAACUGACAGAAGAUGACUUGAAAGAACUUUCAAAUGCAAUCUCAAUCCAAGAGGUUGCUGGUUCAAAUAAUUGGGGUUACAUGGAAUCAAUCUCAUGGAAGUAUGCAAAUACGCCUGCAAAAGCUAGGGAUGCAUAAAAUCGAUCAAAUUCCCAAACAAAGCACCGGCCUUUCACCUUCUCUGGUACUAUUUCUCUGCAUUGUAUUAGAUUUAGAUUUUGUUUGGGACAACUUUUUUACUGUUUUUUAAAACAGUUUUUUAGUAUAAAAUUAAAAAUUAUGUGCUAAAAGAUUACUUUAAAAAGCAGUAAGAAAACCGUCUCAAACGAAAUCUUAGAGAGAUGGGAUGAAACUAUUGCAUUCUGAGUUUCUCACAUCAUCUUUAUUCUGUAUGGAAUGUCUUGAGGCGGAUGUAGUCUUGUAUCAAGGAUAAUUCUUGAAUAAACUCUCAAAUGAGCAUAAUAAAUGAAAAUUUAUGAGAUUUUUUAUUUUA